ACAUCUGGCCCAAAAUGAAGAGCUACUUAGGCUACGCCAUCCUGUUGCUGGGAGCCUUGGCUUCCACCGCUUCAGCUGCUUCUAUAGAUAUACCCGAGAUCCACAACCAGAAUCAGUUGGUGGGAAACUCUGCUGCCACAGGUAAAACCCGUGAUGCGAACCUUAUCGAUCCCAAUGCCUUGGGUAAAGGAAAAUCCGGACCCGAGGAGGAGAAGAACGCCCAGUUCUGGUACGAUCUGGCCCACGAGGAGAUCGCCAAGCGGUUGGAACUGCCACAGUUGGACAAGAGGAAGGCCAAGAAUGUGAUCCUCUUCCUGGGUGACGGCAUGUCCUUGUCCACGGUGGCAGCUGCCCGCAUCCACAAGGGGCAGAAGAAGGGGAAUACCGGCGAGGAGGACUCCUUGAGCUUCGAGAAGUUCCCAUACACUGGUUUGAGUAGGACCUACUGCUCGAAUGCCCAAGUGCCGGACUCCGCCUGCACGGCCACCGCGUAUUUGUGUGGAGUGAAGACGAACAUUGUGGCUCUGGGAAUCACGGCAGCGGUGACCUUCAAUAACUGCAGUGGCAGCGAGGAUCCGGCCAACCGACUGACCUCCAUUGCCGAGUGGGCCCAGAAUGCAGGUAAAGCGACCGGAUUCGUGACCACCACUACUUUGACCCACGCCAGUCCAUCGGGAGCCUAUGCCAAAACCACCAAUCGAUUCUUCGAGAGCGACACGGAUAUCCUGACCUACGGCGAAGGUCAGAAUGAUCCUGCCACCUGCACGGAUAUCGCCACCCAGUUGAUCACCCAGGUUCCCGGCAAGAACUUCGAUGUGAUGUUGGGCGGUGGAAUUGGCAAGUUCCUGCCGAAUACAAUUACGGAUCCCUUUAACAAGAAAGGAGAGCGAUCGGAUGGAGUGAAUCUCCUGUCCCGCUGGCAGGGUCUUCAUCCCGGUGGAGUCCUCACCUACAAUCGCAAUCAGCUGCUGAGUGUGAAUGCCUCGAAGAUCACCAAUCUGAUUGGCACUUUCCGUUCCGGAGUGAUGAGCUUCAACAGGGUGGCCGACCCCAAGGAGGAACCCACUUUGGCUGAAAUGACUCGCAAAGCCAUCGAAGUGGUUCAAAAGAACAAGAACGGAUACUUCCUGUUUGUCGAAGGAGGUCUAAUUGACUACGGAAAUCACUUCAACUCACCAACUAAUUCGCUGGAGGAAACCCUUCAAUUUGAGCAGGCAGUGCAGGAGGCUCUGGACAUCACAGAUCCCGAGGAGACCCUCAUUGUGGUCACCUCCGAUCACGCUCAUCCGCUGACCAUCGCUGGUUAUCCCGGCAGGGGAAACCCCAUCCUGGGACUCAACCAGAACGACGUGGAUUUGAAUGGCAUCAAGUACGCCACCUUGAACUAUGCCGUUGGUACCGAGCAGUACCUCGAUGAACAUGGCCAGCGCAUCGAUCUCACCGGUAAAAUUGAAGAAGAAGACUUCAUCCACCCCAGCUACAUCCCCGGCUUGAUUGGAGUGCACGCUGGCGAUGAUGUGGGCAUCUUCGCCCACGGCCCCCAGAGCCACCUCUUCAGCGGAAUGAUGCAGCAGAGCACCAUUCCCCAUCUGAUGGCCUAUGCCUCCUGCAUUGGAAGUGGGCCCACAAUCUGCGACGAAGAUGAAGACUAG